AUGAUGGCUCAAUUCCUAAAUUCCAAUAGCUCUUUGUCAUGUCCCCCUCAGCUCUUUCCUCGAGUGUACUUAGUCAAAGCGGAAAAAUCAGAAUCUUCAUCUUCAAAUGAUAUGUCUGAAUUAGUUGUGGUUCAAGAGAACGAGAAGGCGGUAGCCAAUAAACAGUUGGGAGGAUCAUUUGACUCAUUGAGUUCCCACGCUCUUAUACAAGAAGUUGUGAAGGCAUCGAAGGAGAGGAAAUCUGAAGUUGUAGAAAUAAAGUUUCUGAGGAACAUGUUGCUGCUGCAGUAUUUGAUUAUUAUUCUCGAGGGGGACUUUUUCCCUCAUAAUUCUGCAUAUCGCGUUAAAGUGUUUCUGUGUGAUUGA